AUGACCUUGCCUCCAUGUGCCCUCGUUGGCAUCUCUUCCUCCCUCACUCUUUUGAAUCACUCCGUAUAUCUCGACCAUGCUGGAACGACGGUUUACUCCAAGUCUAUGAUGGACAUGUUCACUGCCGAGAUGAUGUCUAAUUUACUUGGCAAUCCUCACUCUGGCUCUCUGCCUUCGCAGUACACUACGUCUCGUAUCGAAGACAUCCGUUUGCGACUUCUUAACUUCUUCAAUGCGGAUCCUUCCGAGUUCGACUUAAUCUUCGUUGCCAAUGCUACGGCAGGCGUCAAACUUGUGCUUGAAGCCUUUCGAAUUCUGCCCGCGGGAUUCUCAUACGCAUAUCAUCAGGCUUGCCAUACUAGUCUCGUUGGCGUUCGUGAGGAAGCCGUCGAGAGUAUUUGUGUCGAUAACGAUCACAUCAACAAAUGUCUCGCUGGGCACACACUCAAUCUCAGCCUAGUUGCUUCAGACUCAACAAUCUUAUUCGCCCAUACCGCUCAGUCGCAUAUGGACGGGCGACGAUACCCAGUUUCGUGGUCAUCGGAGAUGAGAAAGGCGGUGCAUCCAUCGAGGGCCCUAUAUACUCUGCUCGACGCCUCAUCUCUUGUAACGACCUCACCACUCGAUCUCGGCGACUCUGAAACUUCGCCUGACUUCACCGUCCUUAGUCUCUACAAGAUUUUCGGCUUCCCCGAUUUGGGGGCUCUGAUUGUCCGACGCCAAGCGCAGCCAGUCUUCAACUCGAGACGAUAUUUUGGUGGCGGCACUGUGGACACUGUCGUAUGUGGGAAAGAGAAGUGGCAUGCUUCGAAGAGCCAAUUUCUUCACGAAAGACUAGAGGAUGGAACACUGCCGUUUCACAGCAUCAUUGCGCUCGAUGCUGCUCUUCACAGCCACAAGGUGCUUUUUGGGACUAUGGCGCACGUCGCUGCUCACACAGCGUAUUUGCGCCAGCAUCUGGCCAAAGGACUGUCUGCUCUCAGGCAUGCUAAUGGCGAGCCAGUCUGUGUCCUGUACGGUGAAGACAACGACCUUAACGCCGAACUUGUCGCUGAGUGUGGGCCAGUGGUAGCCUUCAAUCUGCUCAACGCGGCAGGUGCAUGGAUCAGCUUAAAUGAAUUUGAGAAGCUUGCUACGCUUCAGAAAUUUCAUGUUCGAACCGGUGGUGUGUGCAGCCCAGGUGGUAUCGCCGCGGCUCUCAAGCUUGAGCCUUGGGAGGUUCGGAGAAACUUCUCAGCUGGCUUUCGUUGCGGUACGGAUCAAGACAUCAUCGCCGGAAAACCGACGGGUGUGAUCCGAGCCAGCCUGGGCGCGAUGAGCAUAAUGCAGGACGUCAAAAGCUUCGUUGACUUCAUUGUCGAAUUCUACAGAGAGACGGAGUAUCUUGCCACAAUCCCGACCACUACCACCAUGGAGUUUGUCCCGGACACCGCACAGUUGUGUGUCCAGGCCUUGUCUGUCUUUCCCAUCAAAAGCUGUGCCGCCUAUUCGGUGCCGCAUGGUAUAGAUUGGGAAGUGAAACCAGAAGGUCUAGCUUGGGACAGGGAAUGGUGUCUGGUUCACUCUGGGACGGGACAAGCAUUGAGCCAGAAACGAUAUCCUCAAAUGGCUCUCAUUCGGCCAGUCCUGGACUUUGAGCAAGGCCUUCUUCGUGUCACAUGCUGCGGCACAGUACGCACAGAUGGGCCAAGCGAGGUUUCGGUGCCGUUGUCAGCGGACCCAACGGUUCUGGAUACGCAAGGUUCCGACCCUAUGCUUGUAUCCCGAGUUUGCGGUGAUCAAAUAUCCGCCCAGAAAUGCGCUCUUCCAGAGGUCAAUGCCUUCUUCUCCGAUGUUCUAGGCGUGCCUUGUGUGCUGGCUCGGUUCCCAGCAGGCGGUCGAGGACGGGGUAUGCGCCAGUCAAAGGCACAAAUUCAGAAGCACCAAAGAUUCGGAAAGCCAGCAACGAGCCUGAUACCAGGAUCAUUUCCAGACCUGCCAUCUCCGCCGGACUCGGAUUCUGAACAGCAGGGAAGCAAGAUUCUCCUCGCAAAUGAGAGUCCAAUCUUGUUGGUGAACACAGCCAGUCUCCGCGCACUCAAUCACGUUAUCAUGGCCAAGGGGGACGCCCCGGUUCCCAUCUCCGCCUUCAGGGGCAACGUUGUUGUCGGCCCAGCCAACGACAACGAUGCACCUCUGCCGUACGCCGAAGACGCUUGGGCCAACGUCAAGAUAGGUCGCCAUAACUUCCAACUGAUGGGCUCUUGUCGUCGGUGUCAAAUGGUCUGCGUCGACCAAAAAAGUGGCGCAAAACAUCAAGAGCCAUUUCUAACUUUGGCCAAAACCCGACGCUUCGACGGUAAGGUUUUUUUCGGAACGCACAUGCGUCACGACAGUCGACCAGGCUAUGCCACGAAGGCAGCUCAAUAUCCAACCAUCCGGGUGGGCGACACGGUCGAGCCCAAUGCCCCCGUGCGUUGA